UCCUCGCAGUCUGACCCUAAACGUCGUGAGGAACAGGUCUUUGGAGUUUGUCUACGAUAUAACACCUGACUGAAAGAAGAGAGAGUGAAUUACUUGACUAUCUUUGAUAUUUAUCGUGAUUUUCUAACUUGUGUUGGUUAUAUAUAUCUACGUCUUUUUGGGGAGGAAGUUGAAAUUUCCUUCGUCGUGUUUUGGGAGAAACUAUUGAAUUCGAGAAGAAAAAGAAAAUAUAUUACAAAAACGGCAAGAUGGUGAGGUGUUUGAUCCACGGACAUAAUCAGCAGUACAAAAUGACCUGUAAAGGCGACGACGCCGAGGACAUGUGCGGGAAUACCCUGGAGCCCGACCCUCGCUACGACUCCUGCUGCUCCAACAUCUUCCGGCCGGGGAAGGUGCUCAGGGACAUCGUCAAGGGCCUCCUGGUGGUGCUGGCCAUCGCCGUCGUCAUCGCCGUCGUGUUUGUUAUCAUCUUCUACGUCGUCCCAGGCAAGGAGGGCGUGGAGCCUGUCGAGCACCUGAAUAAGAGCGCCAUUGUGGGCCGCCCCGCCGAGCACGAAGUCACUGGCAACGGGAUCAGUGAGGUCGAAUUUACCGACAAUACUCGAUACGACGUCGCCCCCAACCUGGAGAGAAUCCGGGAGGAGGAGGACGUGGAUGUGCAUGCCGGCCACGACCACGUCCACGACCACAACCAUGAGCACGCUGACCACGAUCAUGCCCACCACGAUCAUACCCACCACAACCAUGCCCACAAGCAGUCGUCAACCGAACCCACGCCCGAGCAGGAAGCCGAGCCCGAGCCGGCGUCAGAGCCCGAGCCGGAGCCAGAAGCCACCCCUGAGCCCGAGCCCGAAGCCGAGCCCGAGGCCGAACCCGAGCCCGCGCAUAUGGGUAAGGAAGAGGUGACCCACGACGCCCAUGAGGCCCACCACCAAGGGCACUCGGAGGGAGAGUCGGGCCACGAGCACGGGCACUUGCAUGAGGGACAUGACAUGGCCCACGAUCAUACUCACCAUCACGAUGAUAUGACUCAUGUUCACACUCACGCCGAAGGUGACAUGACUCAUGAUCACAGUCACGAUGGUGACAUGACUCAUGAUCACAGUCACGAUGGUGACAUGACUCAUGAUCACAGUCACGAUGGUGACAUGACUCAUGAUCACAGUCACGAUGGUGACAUGACUCAUGAUCACAGUCACGAUGGUGACAUGACUCAUGAUCACAGUCACGAUGGUGACAUGACUCAUGAUCACAGUCACGAUGGUGACAUGACUCAUGAUCACAGUCACGAUGGUGACAUGACUCAUGAUCACAGUCACGAUGGUGACAUGACUCAUGAUCACAGUCACGAUGGUGACAUGACUCAUGAUCACAGUCACGAUGGUGACAUGACUCAUGAUCACAGUCACGAUGGUGACAUGACUCAUGAUCACAGUCACGAUGGUGACAUGACUCAUGACCACACUCACGCCGAAGGUGACAUGUCUCAUGAUCAUAAUAGCGAAUUUGGCCAUGAACACGUGCAUGCCGAGAUGGGCCAUGACCAGACAGCCACCACCGCCCACGAGAAUCCCGAAGCCACGCCCUCGGCCGCCGUCACGACCGAGAAAACCAUCGUCUCCGUAUCCAGCACAGGCGGGGUCGUGGUCAAAUCCUCCGAAUCUGAGGUCACUCACUUGCCCCCGACUAGCAUCCCGCCGCUCCUUGAUGUACUGGGCACCCACGCCGCUCCUGCUGAAGACACGAACGGAAAUUGCCGUCCUCGCAGCCUGGAGAUGUGCAGGGACCUGCCCUACGCCCUCACCUCCCUCCCGAACUGGGCCAAUGACAAGUCAGACUACGAACUCCACAAUGCGUCUCUUCCGUUCUUUAGAGACGUCAUCGUGAGGUCGAGGUGUUCCCCGCGGGCCCGAGAGUACUCCUGCGCCAUCUUGGAACCCCAGUGUGGUGCCAAUGGUGCCAUCAUUCCUCCGUGCCGAACUUUCUGCCGAUCUGUGGCUUCAACGUGCCAGGAAUUCGUCAUUAAAGGUUUUGGUUUGAGUGACGUGUUCAAAUGCGAUAGAUUCCCCGAUUCGACCGACCCCGCUGUGUGCUUCGAUGCCACUCAAGAACCUUGUCUUGGGUUGGAGCACCGCUGUGGAGACGGCAAAUGUGUGGCGAAGAGACUAGUCUGUGACGGAAUCUCGGACUGUGUUGACCAGUCAGAUGAGGCUACAUGUCCUGGCCGUCUUCCAGGACUCUCCUCGUCAACAACCCCUGCCUCAGAAACCCCAGAACCCCAGACUUCCUUCCCUGGCGAAGAAGUGGCAACUACCAUCCCCGAGUACGCGACGGAGGACGCCGUGACCGAAGGGGCAGUGGAGGAGACGACUUUCUUCACAACGGCACCCGAAACCUGCCCCGAGCUGAUGUGCUUGGAUGGAACCUGUCUCGCCAUUUCUCAGCUUAAUGAUGGUGUCAAUGACUGUGCCGAUGGCACAGAUGAGCAGAACUUUUCAGAACUGAUUUCUAUCACUUAAGGCAUAAGUAGGAGAGUUUGUGUGUAUACCUUAUCAAUGUUUGUAUUCCAACCGUAAUUUCAGUUGCAGCUUCCAUUCAUAGAAAUACGAAAGGUAUAGAUGUUAUUUUUUUUGCAGCAGCUUCAUUAAAUUGUUGAUAGAUAUAUUACUUUUCCUAAUAUGUCGAAAAGAUGUCAUUUUGAAUAGAACUGUCAAAUAUUUGGUACUUUUCUCUUAAUUGUUAACACCGAUAUUGUGAAAGAGAUAGCCAAAUUAUUCAAUAUUCCAGUCUGUCUGGUUGUUGCCACAAUUGUUGUGAAGCCAGUCCGUCCGUACCGGUCAUUUAGUCAGUAAUCUUUCUGUAUAUGUGAAUAUCCCUUUUAACUUUUAACCCGUUUCACCCUAUAUUUUAUAUUCUUUUAAUCUUCGAAUUAUUCUUUUGUAUAUAGUGUAAUUACUAAUUUUCUACUCGUUUCUGGCAUUCUUUGAAGUAUGUUCUUAACAACCACAAGGUUUGUUACUUUCCAUUUAUUCCGUCCAAUUUAUUUUUAUGACCAGUGGAGCCAAUGGCAAGGGUCUUAAAGAGGAGAGUUGUGAAAAAAAAACUUUUUUUUUAGGUUGUUCAAUACCAUUAAAAUAUUUAUUGCAUUUCUAAUUUAUAGUUUAUUUACAUUUCCAAUUUCUGUUACAUUGAUUAUAGAUUCUGAAAGUAAGACUAUGUCCUUUUCACAAUGUCAAAAAAACUUAUUAUAAAUUUACGAGAUCUGAAAUAUAAAUUCACAUCUCUGUACCUUCAGAUGGUCAUGUAUUUUGUAACAUCUCUCUCAAGCAGCUUUCAAUAUACCUGAAAGUCCCUUGCUCAUAAAUUAAUGCACUAUCAGCUCUUAAAUGUGUUUGUGAGAAUGCAAAUUAUUGUCAGUGAUUGUGUGUAUCUGAAGAAUGUAUGUGAACUGAAAGUGUCAUUAUUAGUGUCGUAUUUUAUUACCAAUUUUCCACACAAAGUGAAUGUAGAUAUUUUGACAUGUUUAAUAGUCUCAAUCUUCCAUGCAAUCUGAAAGGUAGCUAUAUAUAUGAAUAUCUGUAUGGAUGUCUCUUUUAUUAAAUAAAAUGUUCCAUGAUCAAA